UUUAUCUUUUGAACUGUUUUUAUCGUUGUUAUCGUAUCAUCUCUAUUAUCUUUCGACCAUCUCUUGAGGGUGAAUAUAUAUAUUGUUCAUGUUAUUUACCUAUCAUUCUUUUGGUUUUUCUCUCUUAUAGAUAUAUCACAACAUCAUAAUUUUUUUUAUUUUUUCCAUAAAAUCACACCAAUUUAAUAUAAUUUCCACUCUUAGUAUGACUACAAAAGUUUCUCCAUCUUUUGCUAGAAUUUCACCAAGAAACUCAGCUCAUAAUCCAAUUAACAUAUUCAAAGAAUGCAAAAAACAAGGCAGACCAGCUUUCAUAUCGGGGCCAAUGGUCCGAUAUUCUAAACUACCCUUCAGAGAGUUGGUUCGUAAUUAUAAUGUCGAUAUUGUGUAUUCUCCAAUGAUUUUGGCUAGAGAAUUUGUGAGAAACGAAAUAGCAAGAUGCAGUGAUUUUACCACAAAUGAUAAAGAUCGUUCAUUGGUUGUUCAAGUUGGUAGUAAUAAUGUUGUCGAUUUUCUUAGAUUUAUUGAAAUGAUCCAUCCAUACUGCGAUGCAAUUGGACUAAACUGCGGAUGUCCAGUGAAGGAACAAGUGAGAUCAGGAAUUGGAGCAGCGUUAAUGUCAGAGCCCGAAAAAGUGGCUGAAAUGAUAAAGGCAGCAAAGGAUAAAUUCGGAGAUAAAGUCACUCUUGAGACUAAAAUAAGAAUCCAUAAAGACAUACAAGAAACAGUGAGAUUUGUGAAAAUGGUGGAAGCAGCAGGAGUCGAUUGGAUAACAGUUCAUGGAAGAACCCAGACAACUCGGUCAUCACAACCAGCCAAUUUCGAGGCAAUUAAAAUCAUAAAGGAAUCAGUAUCAGUUCCAGUUGUUGCUAACGGUGACUGUUUUUCAUUAGAAGACGCCCAUCGAAUUGCAAAUGAUACAGGUGUCGAUGGUGUUAUGGCAGUUCGUGGUAUAUUAGAGAAUCCUGCAAUGUUUAGUGGAUAUAAACAGGUGCCUUGGGGUGCAAUUGAGCGAUUCUUUAGCAUAGGCGUAUCAUAUUCCUUGCCCUUCAGAGUGUUUCAACAUCAUUUGUCAACUAUGCUUGAAAGUCAAAUUUCCAAACAGCUUCGAUUGGAAUUGAACAACUGCAAAACUCUAGUUGAGUUGAUUGACUGGUUUGAUGCACACUUCAUGCUUCGAAGGUCCACAGAAGAAGGCUACGGGAAGGGCGUAGAGGUAGACUAUUUGGUCAGACCCAAGGAAAACGAGUGCUCAUUCAACUUGUAACAUAUCUCUAGCAAACACUGAACAUCUUUCAGUUUAUUUUCCAGUUUGCUCCAUUUUUUUAUCUUUCAUCGCAGGUUCAGUUCGGCAAAUAUCCAGCUUUGUGGAUCAAAACCAUCAGAGAGGGUCAACUUCCUCGUGCUUAGAGCCCUGAUUUUUUUGGGGGAGUGAAAAAUCAAAAAUUUCACUAUGGUUUUUUGAAGAAACCUUUCUCUUCAGAAAAUACUGCUGAUGAUGUGAGCAAGAGAGUAGGAAUAGAACUGUUAUUAGGGUAUGUUUUAUUUCCAGUGUUGAGAAGCAGAACUUUGAAAACAAUAGGUGAUGAUACUUUUUAUUUUUGUUUGAGCAUUAGUACGAAGAAAUCGUUUUGAUUGAUUCAUUGCAAUGAACUUUACUUGUUUUAUAGUCAUAGUUACACUGAUAUUUAUUGUUUUCAAAUUGAUUUGAUUUUUUAACUUACACAGCUUUUGGGUUUUUUAUCUUAAU